GGCCUUUCGCGGCGGCGUCGCCGUGUUCGCCGCUGUGGCCGCGGUGUUCACCCUCACGCUGCCCCCCUCGGUGCCGGGGGGCGACUCGGGGGAACUGAUCACAGCCGCACAUGAGCUUGGAGUUGCCCAUCCUCCUGGCUAUCCUUUGUUCACUCUGGUGGCUAAACUGGCAAUUAUACUGUUUCCUUUUGGUUCAGUUGCCUACCGAGUCAAUCUUCUGUGUGGCUUAUUCGGAGCAGUAGCUGCAUCACUCCUUUUUUUCACCGUUUUCAGGCUUUCUGGCUCAUGUGCUGGAGGAAUCCUUGCUGCGGGGGUGUUUUCAUUUUCUCGUCUAACAUGGCAGUGGUCCAUUGCAGCAGAGGUUUUUAGCUUAAACAAUCUGUUUGUGGGGCUGCUUAUGGCUCUUACUGUACAUUUUGAGGAGGCAGCAACUGCACAAGAAAGAUCAAAGGUAUCUAAAAUUGGUGCUUUCUGCUGUGGCCUUAGCUUAUGUAAUCAGCACACAAUAGUGCUCUAUGUUUUGUGCAUAGUACCAUGGAUUCUCUUUCAACUUUUAAAAGAAAAGGAACUCUCCCUGGGCGCCCUGUGGAAGCUGGGUCUGUACUUCUCCGCUGGUCUGCUGCCCUACGCCUACCUCCCUGUCUCAUCCUACCUCAACCAAGCCCGCUGGACCUGGGGAGACCAGACAACGCUGCUAGGAUUUUUGACGCAUUUUCUCAGGGAAGAAUAUGGAACAUUCAGUCUGGCUAAAUCUGAAGUAGGAUCCAGUAUGUCUGAAAUACUGCUUUCUCAAAUGACAAAUAUGAGGACCGAACUCUCCUUCAACAUUCAAGCCCUUGCAGUUUGGGCAAAUGUAUGUUUAGCAAGAAACAUUUGUGACCAGAGUACCAACUAUGUGAUCGAUAAGUUUGCAAAGAACCUUCUAGCCUCUGUGCCGCAUGAUGCAAUUAUCUUACUCAGAGGAGAUUUGCCAGGGAAUUCUCUCCGUUACAUGCAUUAUUGCGAGGGACUGAGGCCAGAUAUUUCAUUAGUGGAUCAGGAAAUGAUGACUUAUGAGUGGUAUUUACCCAAGAUGGCAAAGCAUUUACCAGGUGUCAAGUUUCCUGGGAACCGGUGGAAUCCUGUGGAAGGAAUAUUACCUAGUGGAAUGGUCACGUUUAAUCUUUAUCAUUUUCUUGAAAUAAACAAGCAAAAAGAAACAUUUGUUUGCAUAGGAAUUCAUGAAGGUGACCCAACCUGGAAAAAGAACUAUUCGCUUUGGCCAUGGGGUUCUUGUGACAAAUUAGUUUCUUCGGAGAUUGUAUUCAACCCUGAAGAAUGGAUUAAACUCACGAGGAAUAUGUAUAACUGGACUGAAGAAUAUGGAAGGUUUGAUCCAUCUUCUUGGGAAUCUGUGGCCAAUGAAGAGAUGUGGCAAGCAAGGAUGAAAACGCCGUUCUUCAUCUUUAACCUGGCGGAGACUGCGAGUUUGCCUUCCAGUGUCAAAGCCCAACUCUACACUCACGCGUACAGUCUUUAUAAGGAGAUUGUCUAUUUACAAAAGGAACACCCAGCGAACUGGCACAAGAACUACGCCAUCGCCUGUGAGCGUGUGCUGCGCCUUCGGGAAGGAGGUGCAGACCCUGAGGUCUUGUUGUCUGAAACCAUCAGACAUUUCCGUCUCUACACUCAGAAGGCACGGAAUGACCCACAGCUAGCCGAUAUUUCAGUUGCUCUAAAGCACCUAAGAAAAGAACUGCAAAGCCUGAGAAAUAGGAGAAAUGUCUGAGACAGCAAACUGAGAAAAACCUGCUCGGCAUUCGGCUUCCAAAAUUCCAAAGUCCAAAAGUUUUCCUCCAAGAAAAGAAACAGCAUAAAAAAGGAAGACUUAAGUCACCUCCCAGACAGAAGUGACACGGUGCCGCAGUGCUGUUUCAUGGGGCUUUAGCGACUGAGAUGUGCUAUUUAUGCAAAGUCUGUUUAUCCCAUGUUACUGAAUUAGCAUUUCAGCGAGAAUAUUUUGAAAAAUCUUCCUACUUCCACAGUAUUUCGUCAAAUGACUUGCUUGAUUAGAUAGAUUCUAGAAGAGAAUGAACUAUUUUCAUAUACUUAAAAUAUCAACCAUGAAUCUUAAGGGCCCUGCUUCUUGGGACUGGGAUUAAAAUUGAAUUCUUGAAACAUUAAUACAAGACCAAAAACAGUCUCUGUUUCCCAGAAGUGAAAUCUUUUUUUUUUCUUAAGAAUGAAUCUUGUUACACUUCAAGUUUUUUUUUUUUUUGAGUUUAUGUGGUUGUUACAUAAUCUCAGACUUCAAACUAAAUACCAACUGGGUGAUAUUUUGAAAAAAGUUGGGGAUUUAUUGUCUUAGAUCAUUCUCUGAAAUCACUAAAAAAUUAAGCUAAUUGUUUGCUUUUUUUUUUCAGUUCCUUAAACUGAUCGGCAAGAUUUUUUUCUCUCCUUAAUUAAUUUUAUAUUCAUGUUUUACUUCUGUUUGGGCUCAUAAAUCUGGGCCCAAUAAUUAGUAGGCUCCUGCUGCCAAAAUGCCAAAAAAAGGGGGGGGGGCGGGGAUUGGGGAGGGAUGUGGGGAAGUACAAUAAAUUCAUUUCUGUUACAAGCAUCUUUUAUACAUAUUACUAAAGAGAACAUAGUAAGAAAUGCAAAUAAUAGUUCUUUAUUUUAUUAUGACAGUUAAUUAAUAGCAACCUGUUUUAAUGAAUAAAGUCACUCAGAGUCCUUCAGCACUUCCUAAGUAGAGGCCCGAAUCUGUGGGGAUUCUUUUCCCCCCAAUUGUAUAGCUCCUAGACUCCAAGCACUAUAUAGGCCCCUGUAUAGAAAUGCUCACUAAUGAAGAGGGAGGGCUAGAAGCUUGUCUGCAUUCAAAGAUCACUGGUGAGUCAUUCAGCAAGAAAAGGCCCCUUACCAGGAAUAGUCACAGUUCCGUGGCAUUGUACUAGCGAAAGGGUCUGAUCAAAGGUCUCCUGUGGAGCUUGCAUGGUUCCCUUUCAUACGACGACCAUAAUUAAAACCACUAAUUCUCUUUUAAAAUGCUGCAGGAUGCCAUGUAGGCAUCUGUCUGGAGUGUCCUUUGUGAUGUCAUAAGCUGUUAAGGACCAGUGCCGAGGGCUUUUGAGUGAAAUGCCAGUCAUGAAGGUGCUUCAAGACAAGGGUGCCUCUAAAAGCUUGACAGGGCCUUGACUGCACAAUUCGAGCUGAAUUUGCCCCUUGUCAGCUGCCAGUAAAUAAAUCUCAAAGGGGGAAAAGCUGAAGUUUCAUUACCUGAUCCAUGGGGCUUUGUUGGUUUUGGCAUCACACAGGGGAAGCUCUUGCCCCUCCAUUCUCCGGAUUUGAAGAUGUCCAUUGGAGCCUGCAGUGCCUGGACAGGGUUCAGAGCGGAACCUUUUGAAGAGUGUCAAUAGUUGUAACAGUUCAGCUGUUAGGAAGACAAAUAAAUGGAGGAGCUCAUUAAUCCGCUUUUGGCUCUCAGUGCCUUUUGCCCUUUUAUCACAGCCUUAUUAGGCUCCUACUCAUCUUGAACCAGAAAAAAAUGAAUUGAAGUUGUUGAGUACUAAUUGGCAAAGACUUUUAAUCAUGGGCCAAGAACUUUCACUGACUUGAAAGUAACUUCUCCACAGGGAAGAACUGAAAACCUGGUUUACUUUAAAACAAAAACCUGUUGGAGUUCAGUGUGGUGUAAAAAUUUAAGGAAGCAUUGAUAAAUUGUCUAAGUUGAUCUAGUUGAAGGAAGUAUGUAAGAUUAUGAUUUCCACUUUUCUUUUUUAAGAAGUACAAUAAAAUUCAAAUACACGUUCCCUGGAAA